AUGUCUGACAGCGAAGAUAACAUGACACCCGAGCCACCGGUGAUUGACCCUUAUGAGGUGCUCGGCCUCGAGCGUACCGCGACACCUGACCAAAUUAAGAAAGCCUACCGCAAGGCUUCCCUCAAGACUCAUCCUGACAAGGUCCCCGAAGACCAAAAAGACGAAGCCACGACCGCCUUCCAAAGCAUCGCCUUCGCCUACGCCAUCCUCUCCGACCCAGCCCGGCGCAAACGCUACGACGCAACCGGCUCCACCUCCGAAUCCAUAGUCGACUCAGAAGGCUUCAACUGGUCCGACUUCUACCGCGAACAGUUUGCCGAGGCCAUAAGCGAAGAUGCCAUCAACAAGUUCGCCGCCAAGUACAAGGGGAGCGACGAGGAGAAGGACGACGUCCUCAUCGCAUACGAACAGCACAAGGGCGACAUGGACGCCAUCUACGAGACAGUCAUGCUGAGCGACGUCCUGGCAGACGACGAGCGCUUCCGGCGCAUCAUCGACGAGGCCAUCGAGAGCGGCGACGUCAAGGGGUACAAGGCCUACACCAAGGAGACCGCUAAGUCCAAGCAGGCACGGGUGAAAGCCGCACAAGGCGAGGCCCGCGAGGCGGAGGACUACGCGAAGGAGCUGGGCGUGCAUGAAAAGCUGUUUGGCGACAAGAAGGGCGCCAAGGGCAAGGGCAGGUCGAAGGGCAAGGAGAACCCGGAAGACGCACUGGCGGCCCUGAUAAGCAGCAGGCAGAAGGACCGCGGCGAGGAUUUCUUCGACCACCUGGCGGAGAAGUACGGUGCUGGGUCGGCCAAGAAGUCGGCCAAGGGGAAGAAGAAGAAGGCCGUCGAGGAGGAGCCUGACGAGGCGGCUUUCCAGGCCGCCGCUGCGAGACUUGGCAAGAAGAAGGCCUCUGAGGACCCUGCGCCGAAAGCAUCUAAGAAAUUGAGGCACUAA